UAAAUGUAUUCAAAUAUUCGACUCGUUUUGGACAUCACUGCGCAAGACUUACCAGAAUAUAUUAUGUAAAUUAAAAAAAUUAUUUUACGAAUUUUGUAGCUUACUUGAUCCCCUCCCCUUACAGUUAUUAUUCACUUGUGCUUAAAAUUUCCUCCCUCUGAUUGGGAGAUGGUUUUUAAUAUUAUGACAUAACAAUGUCUUCAAUUCAUCCUGGAAAUCUUCACGGGACAGGGGAUCGUACGAACAAGUCACGAUACCACUAUGCGCGCCAGAGAGUGCAAGAAGCCCAGAAAUCAAAGAUGGAAGAGUCAGAUGGUGCAAGAAGAGAGGAAACUGCGCGAAAGCAAACAAAUAAUGGAUUGAUUGUCAUCCUCAUAUUAAUGAUUGUACUGACAUGGGGCAUCGCAGCAACUGCAUACUUUGGAGUUAUCGACUAUAAAGGCUUAGUGGUCCGGGGUUCUCGAAUCAAAAUAACAGAUGCUGCUGGAUAUGCAUCAGCGCUCUAUCCUUUCCAGUAUGAUUCUGCCAGACAUCCGUUGAAAGCCAUCGGAAAAUUUUUAACAAGCAUAGAUGAUUACAUCACAAACUUCUUAUUUUCAUCUGAAGUUUCUACGAAUUCUCUGAAAAAGCAUCGGCCCAUCGUGCGGACUAUUCCUCUCAAUAAAGAAUCAAAUAUAGUGAAGCGAGAUACAUCGAAGUCAGAAUCUGUCGUCUCAGAUGAUUCCAACCCCACAAAAAAGCCAGCGGAAGAAAAGGAUGUAGCCAAAGCAAGUGAUCCAUCUAACGAUAAAGAUAAACCAAGAAAAGCAAAGUCUCCCCAACCCAAGCAGCCUAAGGAUUCAAAUACAAAGAAAACCAAACAAGAAACUGUAAAAACAAAUGAGUCUACCAAAAAGAAGAAACCUAGUACCGUCUCAGAGGAAGACAAAAAAAUAUUAAAUAAAUUGAAAGAAGGUGAGCGUUUACUAGAGAAGAAAAAAGGCACUGAAGCAUGGAAAUAUUUCAAAAAAUUAUCCGCGGACUAUCCGGAAAGUCCAAAGGCCAGAUUCUACAGAGGGAAAUCGGAGGCAAUGGUGGCUGAGCAGCAGAAAAGCAAUCCAAUGCUAACCCAGGCCAUCACAACAUUCACUGAGGUGUCAGAAAUGAGCAACUGUCCGAAGGAACUUCAAAAACAAGCGCUGAUCGCCAAAGGAGAAAGGGAGAGUUUUCUAGGUCGAAUGAAACCAGCAUUACAAACGCAGAUCGAGCUCGCCAAACUUUAUCCGAAAGACAUCGGAAUCUUGAACAAACUCGGAGUUCGUUACUUGAUGCUCGGAAAAAACACAGCUGCGAAGAAAGUUUAUGCCAAAGUGUUAAGGCUUUCACCUAACGAUGGUUUUGCUUUGGUUCACAUGGGAUUUAUCUUAAAGAACGCAGGAGAGUGGGCAGAGUCUGUCCCUUACCUGAUGCGGGGAACGGAAUCUAACGAGCAAGGCACUCAGGAAGGAAAGUUUUAUUUUCAUCUCGGGGAUGCCUUGUACAGGACUAACCAAACUAAGGAAGCUGAACAAGUUUAUGAAAAAGCUGCCGCAAAAGGAUUAUUUCGCUCAAAAUACCAGCGUUCAUUAUACAACGUAGAUCGCCUACGAGGGAAACCAUUCUGGACGCCAGAGGAAGCCGGCGUGAAAGAUUAUGUCCGACGACUCGAAUUAAAUUGGAAACUAAUCAGGGAUGAAGCAAUGGCGAUUCUGAACACAGAUACAGGAUUAUUCGAUGGUGAAUCUGAAAGCUUGAGAGACACGGGAGAGUGGAAGCAGUUUCCUUUGUUCCAAAGAGGCCGCAAAGAAGAAGCGAAUUGCCGCCGAACCCCGAAAACUUGCAACAUUUUGGAGAGAAUGCCGAAUGCGGCUGGAUGCAGAAGAGGCCAGGUUAAAUUUAGUGUGAUGAUGCCUGGUACCCAUGUAUGGCCGCACACGGGCCCGACCAACUGCCGACUCAGAAUGCAUCUAGGGUUGGUCAUACCAACUACUGGUAGCGGAACAAGGCUUACCUGUGCCGGAGAAAUGAGGACUUGGCAAGAAGGAAAAGUGUGGAUUUUUGAUGAUUCCUUCGAACACGAGGUUUGGCAGCAAGCGGAUAGUUUGAGGUUGAUUCUGAUUGUUGAUAUCUGGCAUCCUGAUAUAACAGAACAUGAAAAGAAAACUCUGACUGCAAUUUAAUGAAUUUGACUGAAUUGGGAUGAAUUUGGAUGAUUUUUGGCAUAACUAGGCUGGAUUUGACUGAAUUGAAAGAAAUUGAUUAGGGAAAUAUUUGUUAUUUAGAAUGAAUUUGGGUGGAAUUUGACUGAAUUGGGAGGAAU